UCCAAAUGGAUGAAAUAUAAAACUCGAUUUUAAUUAAUUAAUUUCUUCAUUUUAUAUAAAUGUUCUUUCGAAAAAUUAUCUUCUUUCCUAACCCCAAUUUUAUUCGGGGUCUCUAACACAUCGACCCCGAAAAAAAUUUCCCCUCGUCGUCGUCUGAACCUAGACGGACGACGAGCAAAACAUCCUCAUUCCACCACGAUCACGACCACGACCAUGGGAAUCUUGAAACCGUUCCAACUCCUGGAAAUAAAUGUCAUAUCCGCGCAGGACUUAGAACCUAUGUCCAAAAAAAUGAAAACCUACGCGGCCGCGUGGGUCCACCCUACGCGUAAACUUGCUACGGGUGUUGACCUAGAAGGUGGUAACAACCCUACGUGGAAUGACAAGUUUGUUUUUCGUGUGGACGAGGAAUUUCUACAUAAGGAAAAUUCCUCUGUCCACAUCGAAAUUUAUUCGGUCCAUUGGUUUCGAGACUCUCUCAUCGGAACGGUUCGCGUGCUCGUCGGAAACCUUAUCCCUCCUCUACGAACUCACCAUCGUCCUCACCAUCAUGGAAUGCGUUUUGUUGCACUUCAGGUACGUCGUCCAUCAGGGCGACCUCAAGGUAUAUUAAACAUUGGUGUAACAUUACUCGAUAGCUCGAUGAGAAGUAUGCCAUUGUAUAGACAAAUGAGCUCAUCAGCCGUUGCAUAUCGCGAUUUAAUGGAAAAUCGAGACACACAUGUUUCACACAACAACGACAUCAAACAGAACACUGACACCAAUACCAAUACCAACACCAGCAACAGCAACAACAACAACAACGAUAAUGAUGAUGAUGAUAAUGUUGCUAUUACUUCAACACCUAUGUUACGUCGAACAAAGAGUGAACAUAGUGAACGUUGUGCAUUCGAUGAAAUUUCAAACAUUGGUAAUGGUUCAAUAGUUGGAAUUCCAUCGAAAACGAAAGGUAAAGGUGAAGAAAAAGAGAGUUCGAUACUUAGUAUUUCGUUCGAACCUCCAGUCCAUAUGAUGAAAAAAAAUGGAAAAGCGAGUUCGAUUAUAAAUGGAGCUGAGUUAAUAAAUGAGAAAUCGAAAAAAGAAAGUAAGAAAGGUAAAGUAAGUUCUGUUUUAAGUGAUUCGAUUGUAAGUAAAGGGUCAUGGUCAGGGUCAUAUGAUAGGCCCAAUAAUGAAAAGCCCAAGUCCAAACUCAAACUUAUCGAGUUGGAAAUGAGGCCCAAAGAUGAGCCCAAAGAUAAGCCCAAAGAUGAGACCAAAAGUGAAAGGGGGCUUGAUUCUGACCCACCAACAACUAAAGCAAUUGACGAACAAUCUAUUACAAAGCCCAUUAUGAAGAAUAAUGGGCUUCAUAAUGGAAAUGAGUUUGGAGGCCCAAGUUCAAAAGGCCCAUUAGCUGAAUCGGAACUUGGGCCUUCAGCAUCUGAAGUGGCUGCUAUUUUGGUUGAACAAAAAAGAUAUCCAUUGGAUGACAAAAGGAGCUCAGUAUUGGAUGGUUGGAGCGUAGACGAGAGCAUGGAAGGACUCAGGUCCAAGCUCGAGAGGUGGAGGACCGAGGUGCCGCCGAUAUACGACCGAGGAAUGGGCUCGAGCAGCUACCAUUCGACCGGGCGCCACGCGAGAAGGCGUAAGGAUGGAGGGAGUGGCCUGUUUUCUUGCUUUGGUAGUAUUUGUGGGUUUGAAUGUCAAUGCAUUUGUGGAAAGCCCAAAAAGAGAAGUGGUAAUAACAAGUACAAAAGCCCAUCAAAUGCUAGUAGAUCAUGGCUUUAAAAGCCCAAGCCCAAGCCCAAUUAGAUUUAUAAGGCCCAAGCCCAAUUGUUUAGGACACUGUUUUCAUUAAACUUGUCCAUUAUUAGGAAAAAGCUUAUCUUUGAUAAGUGGUUAUAGGGGAGUUCAGAAAGGAUCUGAUCAGAUUCCAUAACUAUUUCGAAAAUGAAAAAUUAUGUACAUUAUCGUCUUAUUGAUUGGUAUUGGUCUUCUCUUGAGAAAAAAUGGUUUUCGUCAUAUGCUAUUUUAUUUUUGCUGUGACUUUUCACUUUUCGUAUUUCUCUUAUCGAACUUUUUAAUUCUGCCUUUUCUUGAGCUAAAAGUCUAUCGGACACCUUUUAAAGUAGUGGGAAAAUCUAUGCACGCUUUAUCCUCGGUAAACCCUAUGUAUGAAACUACACUAUGAAUGUUAUUAUUGUUGCUUCCUAUGUCUAUAUUCUUUUUUUUUUCUUCAUAACAAUCCGUGCCAACUUACACGCACUUGUGUCCUUUUUUAUAUACAUUGCGAAAAAAUUCAAUAUUUUCUCGUCUAUCGAAAUUUGAACCUUAAUCUGUCGAGACUUUUUGUCUCUUCACUAAUAAGUCACAUGCUUAGAUGACACUCUUCGUUAUCAUGUAGUUUCACUUGUGGAAUCUGAAACUUCACGUCUUAUUACUACAACAAAGAAAGAACAAAAAAAAACGAGUAGUUCUCGUAUUAUUGCAGAACCAACAUUAUUUCAACAGCGUACCUAGUAUAAUCCCACAAAAUGGGGUCUGGAGAGGGAAGAUAGGACGUACGACGACCUUUACCUCUACCUUAGAGAUAGAGAGGUUGUUUCCGAUAGACCUUUAACUCGAGAGAACCAGCAUUAUUAUU